AUGCCGGAGGCAGACAUCCAAAGAAAGCGAGAUCAAGGUUACAAGAGGGUUCGAUGGAAAAGAUACGGCCCAUCCAAACCAUCCCCCGGUGCCAAUGCCGGCCGGUUCGUGUAUUGGCAUCCUGUCGGUUCUGGGCGUGGUCGGUCAGAACCCCCGGAGGGACAUGACCAUUUCGUCUACGAGGCAAAAGGUGGACGAGGACAAACUUCGCAAUCCACAGCCCCAAUUCCAUCCCCAGUUCAGCGUCUCCCAUCCAAUGGAACGCGAGUCGACCCGUUCGUAUCGCUACCCAUCAAUGCGACAGAAUGUGUCAAGGAGACUAUGGACUACUUUGUCACAAUAUGCAAGGGCACCAACAGGGAGGUCUCGGUGAACCCCCACCUCUCAUUGCUACUCCCUUUCGCUCUCAAACACUCAACCUUGUUCGAGUCCAUCAUUGCUCUUUGUCGAGCAUCUAUUCUGCUUUCAUCGGACAGGCCGGCCUGGGAAGAUGCGGCUUUCAUUCGGCAUCGAGGAAAUGCGCUCGCUGGGCUCAACAUCAAACUCCGCUCGAAAGACAGCACCGAUGAUGCAGCACUUUUGACCGUCAGCAUGCUUAUGACACUCGAAUACAUAAUUGGGAACCAACACGGUGUCCACAUGCACUCCGAAGGACUGGAAAAGAUGCUCCAACUUCGAGGACCCCUGUCUCAGACGGACGACCCGAGCAUGGAGUCUGAUUGGAUAAAGUUUGUCAAGCUUGGGUUGACUCUCCUCAAGUCAUUGGGUUCCUUUGUGAAGGGACAGCCACCGGAAGUUCCCGAAUGCUCGCCUGGUUAUAUCAAAGAAGCCUUCGAAGGAUUUGGUCUCGACCUGCCGCUGUCCUACCCUGAACACCCAUACGUGGGAGAGUUGUGCACGAUCCUCUCCCGCCUUCCCAACAGUCUCUCAGAUCUCUGUCUGAAGUCUCGGAUCUCAACCCAGAUGAUCAAUCUGCUUGCAUCGAUCUCGGCUGCUACCGCUCUAUCAUCCUCGCAGACUUCACCAGAUGGGAUGGUCGACCUUCCAUCAGCUGAGGAAUCUCGCCCACAGAAGGAAAGGCGGGAGAUUAUGAUACAGACUCUCUGGUCUUCUUUGCAACGUAUGUACCUUACAACCACUGCGGCGAUUGAAUCUCACUUCACUUCUGGCCUCCUUGCAUUCAUGUUCCAGCUUCGAGGCUUCGAUCCACUCAGUCUCUUCUACGAUCCUAUACUGCGAAACUUCAUACAAACCUUGCGCUUCCACCAAACACCUUCAACACCUGAGGAACGACAUUGUCUCAUUUGGACAAGCGUCUCAGUGGCUGGUGCAUUGGCUCUACGAACCAGUCCCAUGCCUGACUCCCACACUGUCAUGGAUUACGCUUUGGAAAGCUACUCAGACGCACGGCAGUGGUCAUUAUUGGAGAAGAUCUUGCGUGGGUUUUUUUGGACCGAGAAAAUCGGGGCUCAUUGGAAGAACGUUUGGGAAUUAGCGAUGGAUCGAAGGCUGUUUCUUUUGCGACAGAGACGGACUGGCCACGCCUCCCUCACGAGUAGGCUCCAAGGCAGACCUGCAGCUGUCGUGCCUCAAUUCGCAGGUGAAGAGUCUUCCAUACGCAUAUGUCCCGAGCAGGUACGGGGACACAUCGCAGGAGCCCCAAAGGCCAUGCAUGAAAUGACUCAGGCAAUGGGCUUAUGUCCUUUUCGCUCAUAG